AUGGCAUUGCCUAUACGACUCUCGCGGGCGCCGACCGCCAUUGACCAUGCGGACGAAAUUGCUAUUGCAACCCUAUAUCUCUUGGUUAUGAUGAUCAUGGCUGUGUGGACACGACUGGUAUUUCGAUACUAUAUGCUUCGGUCGCUGCAAUGGGAUGAUGGAAUGGUAUCUCUUGCUUUGGCUUUGGCUAUCGCUCAAUCUGCAGUUAUUCUCAAUGGUACUGUACAUGGACUUGGAAAGCUCCAGUCCGAGAUGUCCGCAGCCCACUUUACCACAGUGGAAAAGGCCCUCUACUCAUCGGAUCUCUUAUACGUCCUCUGUUUGAGUCUUGCCAAAGUGUCCAUCUUGCAGUUCCUGGAAAAGCUCUGUGUGAACAAGCGUCACAAAACUAUAUGUCGCUGGUCAUCGAUUUUGAUAGCCGUGUGGACUGUUCCAGUUUUCUUUACUCUGGCUUUCAAGUGUGGGGCAUCCAGGCCCUGGGAUGUGGAUAAUGGACAUUGUAUCAAUAUCUUUGAUUUCUGGGCCGCCAUAUGUCCAGUCGACAUCGCUACCGAGCUAGUCAUCUGCAUCCUUCCAAUGUACGUCAUCAAGCCGGUUCAAGUAUCAUUCGGCAAAAAGGUCACAGUUAUAGUCGCAUUCGUCUUCCGCAUCUUUGUUAUAAUCAUAACCAUCGCGCGCCUCAUCUUCAUGAAGAGAGCCAACUCACUCGCAGACAUGAAUACGGACGCCUUCGCAACCAGCAUCACAACUCAACUCAAUCUUUGCGUCAGCCUCAUGACUGCAUGCAUCCCUUGUUUAAAACCCUUCCUUGACGCCUUCGACAGCGGAAUGCUCAGCGUUUCCCUGCAUAAACGCGUUGGUGGAGGAUAUGGCAGUUCAUACGGUGCUGCACACGAAAACUCGUAUGCGCUCGCUAGUAUGAAUCGAGGCCCAAAGGAGUCUAAUAUACGCUCCCAAUAUACGGAAGAUGAGAUCGAGGGACUGGGAACUUCGGCAGCUGCGUUCGCUGUCACGGCGCCUGUAAGACCGGCGAAUGGGACCAAUUCUGCCAUGGCUAUUCACAGGACGGAUGCAUGGAGCAUCAGGUGUGAGGAUGUGGAUCACAAAACUGCUGGGUCACUUGUAGAUGAUAUGGAGAUAUCUGAGGAUCAAGGGAGUCGAAGGGAAAAUUCACCUUUGUAA